AAUACUUUUCUGCUUACCAUUUGACUCAAUUGACUAUCUUGAUUUCAAAGAUUGAAUUUUUUUUGAAAAAUAAUUGUUGGGGUUUCUUGGUUUUGCUGUUUAGUUCAUUUGGGAAGUUGGGUUUUGGUUUUUUUUUAUAGUUUAUUCAUUUGGGGUUGUUUUUAAUUGUCUAAUUUGGUGGAAAAAUCUAAUCUUGACAGUGAAAAAGUUGAAAAAAAAUGGUAAUGGGGAAGACAUGAAAAGUGAAAAUUUUCUUGGUUUUAUUGUUUUUAGUCCAUUUGCUUAGUUGAGAUCUUUGCAGUUGUGUUUUCUGUGAAAAAAGUUGAAGAGAAAUGGCAAUGGGAAAGAAGAUAUGUGAAAAUGUUGGAUUUGGGCUUGUGAGAAGUACCUCAUUUGGGAGGAAAAGAGUUUGUUUGCCUAAUAUUAGGGAUCUUGAUUUCAUUUCAACAACACCUACAAAGAAAAUAUGCAGAAAGAAUUCAUUUUCCACUUGUGUGAAGUCCCCUCUUGAAGCCCUGCCUCAAGAUAUCCUGAUAAGGAUAGUGUGUGGAGUUGAACAUGAUGAUCUAAAGAGGUUGUUUCAUGUAUCAAAACCAAUUAGAGAAGCGACUUUGGUUGCAAAAAGAUGGCAUUUUGAAUAUAGUACACCAACAAAGACACUUGGUUUUAAGAAUGCUACUGAUAUAGAUAAUUGGAGUGAGUCUAAUAAUGUUGAAGUGCCUAAUGCUCCUAGGCAAUCGAAGUUUCCGAGGGCUCGUUUAAGCCGGAAGAAACUAGCUGACAUAUCCGUGGCCUUGUUUACAUCAGACAGUGAAGAAAAUUGGCCGCGGAGGGAGUUAUUUAUGCAAAUGGACACAGAGGUAUAGAUCUCAAAUCAGAUUCUUUAUUUGUACUACAACAAAAACAACAACAACUAUGCUUCAAUCUCAAGCGAGUUGGGGUUGGUGCCAUAUGGAUCCUCAUUGUUCGGUUGCUCCAUUUAAGCCUGUCUCGGUCUGGAUUCUGUAUAGGUAUUGUUGUAGAAAUCAUAGGUCUUAUCAAAUUUCAGCUGCUUUGUGUACAUGUCACAACAAUCUUUACAAGCCACAUUGUUCUUCAACACUUUCAUUGAAGAUGGUGUGGCCUGUUUGUACUUGUAGAGAGGUUGAUUUAGGGAUUUUGUUUGAAGGGCUCUGUUGGCCCUUCUGAUCUCAUAAGAAUUAGUUGUAUAUAGGAGUCUAGUCUCUUGUAGUACCAUUUUGUUUAGUUAUUAAAUGAAUAAAAUAUGUAUUCAUGACUUUACAUCAA